UGUCCAGGAAGUUUUUGAGCAUAUGAAGCGCUUGUGUGCAGUUAGAGUAGACUAAACUGUGUCCAAAAAUUCAUGAUAAGGAACUAACUCUCCAUGCAACAUGGCCUAGCAAAUAUAAUCACUAGAUGAGUUUUUUUGCGAAACUUUGCGAAAAUUUUUUAAGAAAAGUAGAUCGAGAUCCCAGAUUUCCUUCUCGUAAUAUUUAACGACGAAUCGCUAUUUACACAAGAGUAAGAAGGAGUAUUAAAUUUUUACAACAUGCAUUUAUGAAGUGAGGAAAAUCCGAGAAUUACGCGAUUGAGGAACUUUCAAACACGUUGGGAGAUUAAUAUCUGGAUUUUUUUAAAAGAUAUUCCACUAGAGAGGAACAAAAUAAUUUUUCAGCAAAACGACGCUGAGCCACAUAACGCCAGAAUUGUGACGGCUUAUUUGAAACAGUUUCCGAGAUGGUGGAUGAGACGAUACAGGCCAAUACAUUGCCUCGCAAGAUCUCCAGAUCUCAAUCCUCUGGAUUUUUUUUCUGGGGCUACUGCAAGGAGUUAAUUUAUAAAACGCUUCCUGAAGACGCAGAAGAUCUAGAAACAAGAUGCGAUAUGCCGUAUGAGCUAUCGAAGAGAAUGUUAUGAAAAAUGGCAUUUAAGCAAUCCGCUCUUUUUAGAACGUUCAAAACAGUCUGUUCUUUUCACGAUCGAAAGCAAUUCGCCCUUUUUAAGACGACUAUACGUUUUUAUCUGGAAUAUUUCUCAUACUCGAGUAACGAUAUUGGCAUUGAAAAAUCUAUGGAAAUUGGCAGCGAUCCUUCAGACAGUGAGGAGAGCGACGACAAUGACAUACAGGGUACUAGCAUUACAAAACUGAUCAAUUUGUAUGAUCCUAAAGAAUUCGAGAAUCUGGAAGCAUCGACGGAGAUCAAGGAAUUAUUUCAAAAUAUAAUAAGGUAUACGCCACAGAAAAUCGAGCUUAACUACAAGUUGAUACCAUUUAUUCCUGACUACAUACCGGCCGUCGGCGAUAUAGAUGCCUUCAUUAAGAUACCGAGACCUGACGGAGUCGAAGAUAAAAUUGGCCUAACUGUAUUAGACGAGCCCUGUACUGAUCAAUCGGAUCCAGCGGUGCUGCAUUUGCAAUUACGCAAUCAUUCUAGGAGUGCCGGCGCUGCCACGAGACAGGCGUUCGUCAAAAGGAUAGAGGAUGCUGAGAGAAAUAGCAAGUCAAUUGAUAAAUGGAUUAAUGAUAUGAAUCAGCUACACAGGAGUAAACAUCCGCCGGGUGUGCAACUGAACCAUGCGAUGCCAGACAUCGAUGGAUUGAUGCAGCAGUGGCCGCUUCAAGUGGAAGAAAAACUAAAUGAACUACAACUGGAUCUAUCAGAGCUUGAUUGUGAUCUGCCGCAAUUGGUCGAUGUGGUCUGCAAUCUUUUGGACAUUCCCACGCGAGAGAACACCCGACUAGAGGCUCUUCACACGCUAUUUACAUUGUACCUGGAGAUUAGAAAUGUUGAAAACCGAAACUUCAGUUAGCAUUAAAUAAUUAAAUUAGUUUGUAUUUAAGUUGUAAGAGUUAAUUCUAAUCGAUAUUCAUAAUUAAUUCUUAUCCAAAUAAAGAAUAGAUUGAAAUGGAUUGAAAUGUGUUGUGUGUUUGUGACACUGGUGUCUCAUACGCCAAGGCGGCAUGUAAUAACAAUGACUCUCUUUGUUGUAAUGAAUCGAACUUUUAUUGUUGAGUCAAAUUUAAGAUGUAUUCAAAGCGGGCGGUAAGCGAAGCUUAGACCGAUAACUUGUGUAUUCGUUAAGAUGCGUGCACCGGUAAUUCACACUUGGUAGUCGACGUCGAGUGAUUUGUCAGUUCGGAAGAAAGUAUAUUGCGCAUGGUAGCGAGACCGGCAAAUCUUGGAAACUUAGCAAUUCGCACACAUUGCCUGUCCUCGCGGUGUGCGUAUACUGAGAACGUUAGGUAACAAAAUGCAGCGACAGAACACCGGGGUAGUUCGCAUUUCGGUUUUGGGAUAAGAAGUAUUAAUGAAUAGAUGAUCCGUAUUGAUCGGGAUCGGGAAGCGAACUGAUUUCUCGCACGCGGAAUGUGUGUGCGAUCGUCAUCUUUUCGAGUGUCGUGUACGGGGGGGGGGGGCGUGAUUAGAGCGAGAACACGCUUGUUUGAAUGGUGACAGCUCUGUGAGCGUCGAUUUAUUCAUCGUCAUCGAGAAUACAAAUCAACGAUUCCGAACGAGAAUACAAUUCAAAUCAACGAUUCCGAAACAAAAUGGAUUCAGAUUUUCA